AUGUUUCUUUUUCUCUCUAUCAUAUUCGUAUUCACAAAAUCAAAGCCAAAGCUAAAUUUGCCGCCGUCUCCGGGGUACUCAUUGCCGGUGAUCGGCCACCUCCACCUCCUUAAGCCACCAUUCCAUCGGCAAUUUCUUUCUUUCUCUCAGUCCCUCGGAAAUGCUCCAGUCAUCCACCUCCGCGCAGGGCACCGUCACCUGUACGUCGUCUCCUCACGAGCCAUCGCCGAGGAAUGUUUCACCAAAAACGACGUUGUAUUGGCGAACCGUCCUCAGGUGAUGAUAACCAAGUAUCUUGGAUAUAAUGCUACAGAUAUGCUCGGAUCAUCUUACGGCGAUCACUGGCGAAACCUCCGUCGCAUCACCGCUUCUGAGAUAUUUUCGUCUCUUGGGGUCAAAACGUUUUUGAAUAUCCAUAAAGACGAGAUCAGACGGAUGAUAUUACGACUCUACCGAGACUCCUCACAUGGAUUUGUGGAGGUGGAGAUGAGAUCACUGUUUACAAACUUGUCAUUCAACAACAUAAUCAGAACAAUAGCUGGGAAGCGAUAUUACGGUGACGAAACAGAGGACGAAGACGAGUCCAAGCACGUGAGGCAAUUGGUGUUUGAGGCUGUGGCCGGCGAUAGUGGAAAUAACCCUGUUGAUUAUAUUCCGUUUUUGCGUUGGUUCACGAAUCACGAAACACGGAUCAAAGACUUGGCUCAUCGUUUCGACGCAUUCUUGCAAAAACUUGUCGAUGAGAAACGUUCGGAGAAAGAGAAAAGUGAAACGAUGAUUAACCACUUGCUUUCUCUCCAAGAAACUCAACCUGAUUGCUACACAGAUGUUCUCAUCAAAGGAAUCAUCCUUGAUUUGAUAGUUGCUGGGACAGAGACAAUAUCUAUCACAUUAGAGUGGGCAUUUUCUAAUCUCUUGAACCAUCAAGAGGUACUACAGAAAGCAAGAACCGAAAUAGAACAUAAAAUCGGUUUGGACCGGUUAAUAGAUGAUUCGGAUCUUGCGAGUCUUCCCUACCUGCAAAAUAUUAUACAUGAAACGUUACGUCUCUAUCCUCCUGGCCCGUUGAUUCUCCCCCACAUGUCAUCAGAAGAUUGUGAAGUAGGAGGUUACGAUAUGCCACGUGGGACGAUGUUAUCCAUGAACGUGUGGGCCAUGCACAGAGAUCCAGAGUUGUGGGAAGAGCCAGAGAUGUUUAAACCGGAGAGGUUUGAAAAGGAAGGGGAAGCUCAAAAGCUUAUGGCGUUUGGGCUCGGACGACGGGCUUGUCCCGGAUAUGGGCUUGCUCAUCGGUUAUUGGGCUUGGCACUUGGGUCGUUGGUGCAGUGUUUUGAGUGGGAGAGAGUUGGUGUCGAGCAGAUUGAUAUGAGGGAAGGGGAAGGUAUCACAAUGCCCAAAGAGAAACCACUGCGAGCCAUGUGCAGAGCACGGGCUCUUGCUGGUCAAGUUGUUGCUGUGAAUCAGAAGAACUCUUUUUAA